UGUAGUUUUCUUUUUACUACGCAUCCUCCGGUCGGUCACCAUUUUGGGAGUCAAAACAAGCAGCAGCGGCCACCUACACGCCUCACCGUGGCCUUACUAUGGUUCACACAUGUGUGGUGGCAGGUUGUAAGAACCGACGGACGCCGGGCACCGCACUGUCGUUCUACCGCUUCCCACGGGACCCAGAGAGGAAGCGGCGCUGGGUGGCUGCGGUGAACCGAGCGGGCUGGGCACCGAACGACGGCAGCCGGCUGUGUAGCACCCACUUUAUCUCAGGUAAACAAGUCAAGAAUCCAAAUUCGCCCGAUUAUGUUCCUUCUGUGUUCACACCAGUUCCCUUCUUCCCAGACAUGAAGGAGCCAGGCGCCUUGGAGAUCCUGGACAAGCAGGAGGCGCGGGUCGAAGCUGCCAAUGCCCUGUUGUUCCUCCAGGGCCAGGGCAGCUCCGCGGCGGUCGGGCCGAGCCAAGGUGGGCGUCACGAAAAGGAGGCGCCGGAGGCUGCUGUGGAAAAAAGCGGGUCUUCUUCCUUCAGCACAGAUGAAGACGAGGAACACGACGAAGCCUCAGAGAGAGACAGGAAGAAAGGAAAGUUUGCCCAGAUGUCCGAAAUAUCCGUAAAAUUUGACGACAUCUUGAAAGCGCUGAAGAAGGAGAACCGGGCGCUCAGGGAGUCCGUGGAGAAAAUGGCCCUGUCUGAGAACGCUUUCAGGAACGACGCAGAAAAGGUCAAGUUCUACACCGGUUUGCCCAACUACUUUGUCUUAGAGACCGUAAUGUGGCUGCUGGCGCCACACAUGGACGGGAUGAAAAACACGAAGCUGUCAAAGUUCCAGCAGCUCCUGCUGACCCUCAUGCGCCUGCGGCUGGACCUCCGCAAUCAAGACCUGGGAUACCGCUUCGGGGUGAAAGUCGGCACGGUGGCCAGAACAGUACACCGCAUGGUCAACAUCAUGUCCUCUACUCUGGUGCCGACCGCCGUCUUCUGGCCGUCCAGAGCCGAACUCCGGAAAAACCUGCCCACUGCUUUGCGCGCAAGCCACCCAGACUGCGCCGUCAUCGUAGACUGCUUCACUGUACCCCUCGAGGAGUCGGCUUCGACGGGAAUGGAGCAUGGACAACAAGAGACGACCCUUCCUCGUGCCGAGGGAAUGGCGCAGAGUCACAGUUCGCUGAAGUAUCUGAUCGGCGUGGCUCCGCAAGGCGUUGUGACUUUCGUGUCGCGGGGAGCGCCGGGAAGCGUCAGCGACAAGAGCCUGGCCGAGGGCUGCGGGUUUCUGUGCAAGCUUCUCCCAGGCGAUGUCGUGCUGGCCUGCCGCGACCUGGACAUCGCGGACUCCGUGGCUGCCCGCGGAGCUCUGUUCAAAAUCGCCGGCAAAGGUGAAGCUCGCGCGAGAUCGGAGGGCUCGCCAGGGCCCGACGCCACGUCCGAGACGGUGGUCGUGCAGAGGCACGUGGAGCGGGUGAUCUCCAUGGUGAAGCAGAGGUACAACAUGCUCACAGGCCCCGUCGAGAGCCCCUUCAGCACCGCCUGCGAGCGCACGUCCAACCUCUCAACCUUUGAUAAGAUUGUGCAAGUCGCUUGUGCCUUAAACAACCUGUGUAUCUCUGCUGCUCCGCUUGAGUGACUCGUACAGAAAGCAAUGCACCACUUAAUGCUGCUCUCCUAACUUUUUACUGUUUCAGACUUACUGUCAUGUGUCCAGUAGGAAAAUUAGGUUUCUUGUCACCAAAUCCCAAUUCAGUCACUGCUGAUUCUAAAGAUUAUUCUUGAUCUUGGCACAAACAUUUGCUGACAUGUUAAGUUGAGGAAUGCAACCUUUCGUUUGGCGAGUAGAGGUGGUCCGCAUGUGUUCUGGUUUUCAAACGAUGCCAUUUUCAUACAUUUUAUACAGUUUAGAGUCCCUCUAAAAAAUUGCCACAGAAGGCUCAGGAGUGGGCAGAGCCACGAGUGAAGUCAUCCCUUCAUUCCCAGUUUUGGCACAACAUCA